AAGUCCAUGUCUGCCCUCCCCCCAGUCGUGUGGAAUAAUCACUAAACUCAUAUCUGGUUCGUUCAGGCAACUCUUGUUCCUUGGGCUUGUGACAGCGGCCCACUUUGACAUUUUUUCUGGUCCUUGAUCUGGUCAACGUCUUAAACCCUGAAGAAAACCCUAGUCAUUCCUUUCUCCAUCACCUUCCUUUCUAUCUAUCUGCUACGACCCACCAUAUACCGCACAUCUUAGACGAAUUAUCCGACGCUCGUUACGACACAUGUUCACUCCUCCGCCUUCUCCUGAGCCCUCCCGCGUUCUUCUUCACGAACCUGAAUUUUCGUCUGCCAGCGAAGCCGAAGAAGAGUCCUCCUCAGGAACAUUCUUGACCGCAGACAGGCGUUCAAUUCGUCCAAGUAGUUCUUCAGUGCCGCUUGCUUCUUACUCGGAACAACCCUCCAAAGUCGAACAAUUCUCACGGGCAGAAGCCAAGCAGCGUACAGCUCGCCGCACUAAAUGGACUAUCCUCCUCGUUCCUGCUAUCCUGAUCUUCAUAACGGCCUCGACACGAUACCUUUCUCAUCCAGCAGCUCUCGAUAAACUGUCUACUGAUCAUCAUGAUGCGAGCUGGCACGACUGGUCAUCAUCCCUGAAGGAUUGGUCAUUGCACAAACGACAUCCGAGUCCUGAUCCCGACCCCCAGCAGGACCAGAGCUCUUCCCCAGCAAUUUCUUUCCCUUCACCGACGGCCAGUACGAGUGUCGUUACUUCCGCAACGCCGAGCGGUACGGACAGAGUUUUGCCUACGAUCCCGUCAUCUCCGCCUGUACUACCCACUCCAUUUCCCCGCCCGCUAACGGCGGUGAAUCAAAACUUUACGACGCUCGGAUGCCAGAAUUUCUUCAAUAAUAUGACUUCUUCCGAAGCGUUCCUGGAUUGCAGACCGUUCUCAUUGCUGGUGAAAAGCUCGGCGGAAUUUAUUGACCAGGCGCAAAACAACCUUACCGCACUUAACACCAUCAUCUGGGGUACCUGUAACACCGACGCUAGCUCCGACCAAUGCACCGCCAAUACGGGCUGGUUCGCUGAUACGCUCAAGUCGCAAUGUUCGCAGGAUUUGAUCAAUAUGAACACCUUAGUUGUCGAAACACUAACCGAACUGCAAGCCUAUUCGCUUAUGCGUACCGCUGCAUGUCUCCCGGACCCAAGCACCAACACGUACUGCUACGUCGAAGCAGCCCACAACACCAACCCGGCCGAUCUCUACUUUUACCAACUACCCUUCGGAAUCAAGGUCCCCGCGACAUCCAAGCCAAGUUGCUCGUCUUGCACGAAAAGCGUGAUGGCUCUAUACGCCCAAUCGCUGAACGUCUCUGCACUCGCCAAGACGUAUGAUUCUGCUGCGGCAGUUGCGAAUGGGGCUUGUGGGACUGGGUACGUGCAGACGACAACCGCUAUUGGCGCAGCUGAGGGACGUGGUGUACCUAUGGAGAUGUUGUAUGCUGCGGUGUUGGGGUUAGUAUCAUAUGGGGCGAUGUGGUAGUACUGGUGGCGUUGAUAUGUUGGGGUGGGUGGCGCCUGGUUCCUGGUGCCAUAAGUAGCGUCUUGUUAGGAUUUAAUUUGGUAGGGUUGAUGUUGCAUAUCGGGAAUGGGCUUACGGAUCUUCUUAAUGGUCUUUUGGGUUUAGGGGAGAGGUUUGUACAUGUCAAGCGGUGCCUAUUUAUUGCCAAUUUGUCUUGGACUUGUGUGUGUUUUUUGGCGUUACAGUAUUUUCAAGGGUUUCUGUCUUCGUUUCAUGGUCGUAACACAUACCUUGGGCUUCAGUUUUACUAUCCAUGCAUUCUAUUGUUCUCUUGGUUGUUUAGCUAUUUGUAUAUACUCUUCCUUAGAGUGUAAUUGUUGUAGGAUAUGAUCCCAAAUGAUCAGUACAGUGGUGCAUUGUU